AAUUUAAAAUAGUUUUCAAACAUUUUCAAAUCAAAACAUUUGAUUCUAUUUAAAGUAUUUGCCUCAAAUUUUAAACUUUUUAUUAUUUAAACUAUUUGUACUCAUGAGCAACAAGUCAUCAAGGGCAUCCUUUUGAGAAUGAGCUCUGAAUUCAAAAUAUAUAAUGCAACAGAGUUGUGGCAAAUUGAAACCAGCUUACCCUCUAUACCUACAUUUAGUCAAAAUCUCGAUAAAGUUCUCGGUAGUGACGGAAUACAAUUGGGUUCUCUGACAGAAUUAUUAGGCUUACCGGGUUCUGGGAAAACACAACUAUGUUUGCAGCUAUGUGCCUCUGUACAAAUACCUAAAGCUCUAGGUGGGCUCAGUUCAGAAGCUCUUUACAUUGAUACAAACACAAACUUUACAUUAAGUAGAUUUAAGGAAAUAUUAUUUUCUAGCUUAGCAAAAUGUCAAAGGAUUAUGGAUUCUUCAAUACCAAUAAGAGAAGAGGAUGCCUUGAAGAAAUUUCAUUAUGUUAAAGCAAUUGGACUUGAAAAGUUUUGUGCAUUUUUAUAUCAACUACCCAAUUUCAUAAGGAAUAAGCCGAAUGUGAAACUCAUAGUAAUAGAUUCAAUAGCAUUUCCAUUUAAAGAUGGCAUCUCUAUGAAACAGAGAACUGGAUUGCUAUUUAGAUUGAUGGCGGAUUUACAGAAGUUGACAUUGAAAAAUCAAAUUGCUGUAGUUUUAACAAACGAAAUGACGACCAGGAUUGGUCUAUCAACAGGAGCAAUAGUUGGUUCUCUUGGUGACACUUGGUCGCAUCGUUGUAACAUGCGUGUUCUUCUGUCCGCUCCAGAGCCGCUAGAGAAUAUAAGAUUAGCUGCGAUUCUUAAAAGUAAUAUUGUAGCAGAAGACGUUGGAAAGUUUCAGAUAACACACGAGGGAAUUCGGGAUGUCCAAUAAAAUACGAUUGAAACAUACAUAGUUUUAUUAAUAAUGUAUUUAUGUAUAUAUAAUACACCGUAAACAAAACUACAGCACCAAUAAAUAUCUCAUUUUCACAAAAAUAUCAAGCUUUUAUUUCUACACAUCUCAACAGUUAUAUAAAGGCAGUUUCAUAUCGGGACUUAGCUUUUUAAGUGCAAUAAUACAAACAUUCAGUACAUUGUAGUCUUAUUAUGCUUUUUCUUAAGAAACAAUAGUGAGUAACACCCUUUUGUAGUCUCCUUUCGUAUCAUCCUGCAAAAUAUUACAUUUGUUUCUGUAAUAGAACUAUUCGAUAACAUGCAUUUUUUAAAACAUUUAUAGAAAAAUAAUUUAUAAUAUGCAAAUAAAAUAUAUAAUUUAUUUUGCAGGAUUAAGCACAAAGUGUGACUAGAACAUUCCUGAAGUCACCAUCUAGGUCUUCCUGUAAAGAUAUUGAAAAACCAACACUG